AUGAAGGGUGCUAACAAAGUCGCCCUUCUUAGCGUCCUCAAUGCUUUCAGUGUUGUUGAUGCGGCGCCAACCACCCCGGGAGUGCGCGCUGUGGCGCCCUUAGGCGACGCUGAGUUCCACCCUGCCCGCGACCAAUUCAGCGCUCAGUUCAUUGGCGGCCAUGCGGUCUCAGUCAAGGACUACCCAUUUGUGAUCGCUGGACUUCGCUCUGGCGGAUCCCGUCCCCAGGGUCAAACCUGUACUGGUUCGGUCAUUGGACCCCGCAAGAUCUUGAUUGCGGCUCACUGCGUCGAUGCUGAGGGCACCAAGACAUUUGCUUACGGACUGGAUGAUCUCAAUAACGGCACCCUUCACAAGAUCCCCGUGAGUUCUUAUAUCAAGCACCCCAACUACGUCAACUUUGAUCAAGGCUGGGACGUUGCAGUCGCCACUACCACCGAGGAUAUUCCCGUCGACGGCGGCCAGUACGCCAAGUUUGCUACCUCAGCUGACAGCGGUAUUGCCGCGGCUGGCAAGAAGGCAUACGCCUUGGGGUACGGCAAGAAGGACGUGAAUGACAACAGCCGCAAUGUGCAGUUGCACAGAGGCGACCUCCCUAUUGUAGCCCCUGCUACUUGCGACCAAACUGGCCAGGGGCUCCACGUCGUCCCUGAGUACAUGAUUUGCAGCGGGUACUCUAGCGGACGACCGGUUACCAUUCUGCCUGGCGAUUCUGGCGGUCCUCUGGUCGUUGACGGUAAGGUUGUUGGCGUUGGCUCCUGGAGCAAGAGCACCUGGAACUGGUACAGCAUCUACAGCCGUCUUGACAAUGAGAUGGGUGAUUGGGUUGCUGAGCAGCUGAAUGCGUAA